AUGUUUCGAUGCUACGCUCUCGUUGGUGGACAGGCGGCAAUGAUGGAUGUGGAGCGGGCCGAGUCGGGAGCUGUCGGGCACACGACAGCCAUGCUCGCAGCCAACGACAGGCGCCGUGUUCUGGGCUCGUGUCAGAUCUUUAGCCGCAUCAGUCAGGCACCUUCGCUCGCGGGGCUGCUUGUGGCGAAGAUGGCGUAG